AGUGAAAGUUGUCAUCAAUGAAUGAUUGCUUUGUUUCAGAUGCAUUGUUUUUAAGAAGAUAUGCAAGAAAACAGACAUUCCAAAGGUUAGUAAUUUAUGCGUAUAUUUUUUCAGACUUAAAAUAAGGAAAUAUAGAAUAACUGGAAACAUUUUCUUAAGCUCGAUAUGUAGUUAUUGGACUAAACGAAUAAUGUUCAUCAUGACGAUAUUGAAAAUUUAACAAUGGCGUAGGUUCUAUUCCGAUCAUCUAUUAAUGAAUUUGCGCGAGCGUGUUAACUAAGGCUUAGGGUAAAAAUCGAUAGAGUAUACGUCGAUCAUUAAAAUUCGACAAUAUAUAUAAUCACAUACAGAUUGUUGAUUAAUCGAAGAUUUCUUAUUCUAGUUUUUAUUUGCAAUGGUAAAAGAUCACUAGUAAGAGGAUUAUCUAUGAUCUGAACUUGUACUUCUAACUACAUGAAUAAAAAAGUGGUUUUUAAUUACAAAAGUCUUCUAGAGGUUGGCUUAAUAUUUCCUAUUUGUAUUGCAUAACGCUUUUGUCAGUUGAUUCAUGUAACCAAUCUGCCUUUUCCUAAAAGAAAAAAAUGGAUAUGUUUUCAUUGUGGUUUGAAAUGGAAUCGCACUCUUCUACGCAUCCAAAUUAUAAAUAUUGAUUCAUUCAGUCGUAAAUUCUUUGCAUUUCAAAGUAUUUGAAGACAUUCGACAAUGAAUUUGCUUGAAAUAUUGUCUUACAUAAAAUUCUACUGCGAGAGUUAUAUAGAUUGGGAUGUGGUAUCACAAUGAAAAUACUUGUGAAGUUGACUCUCUCCCUCUCUCCCCUUCGGGUACCUUCAAUUUUUUAUUUUAAAAUGGUGAAUAUAUCUCCACUAAGGUUAUCAUCUCAAUAUAAGUUAAACGAUCAAGUCGUUCCAAAGAUGUCGAUUUGAGUUUAGUGUAAUGAUUUAUUGAUAAUGAAACAAAUAACAUUCUAAGAAUCUAAUUUAAAAUGUGGCGCAAUUAGAAGACAUUAUCGUUUUUAUUAGUACGUUGGACUACUAGUGUGCAGCGCAGCAAUAAGGUUACUACUCUAAUUCAUGGCUUCACUCUCUUGAACAAUAUUGUUUUCUAUAUUCUUUAGCCUGAAAUCCCUAUUCAUAAACCUCCAGUUCAUCGUUUUCUACCAUCCGAAUCUGACGAUGGUACAGAUGAAAUUGGUUCAUUUUUGGAUCCGAAAUAUCAACAUAUAGAAAGUCUCUUGAAUGAUAUAACAGAUAGCAAUAUAGCAACUCCGAAUACAGUCGAUCCUAGACGCAUCGAAACGCAAUUUACUUGUGCAGGGUCCAUACCCAAAUCAGCUUACGACCAUAAAAGUAAUGGGCAAGAGAAGACUAGGAUUUAG